AUGCCAUGUAGCAAUAACGGCAUUUCUCGGGAAAUGAACACGACUUUGGCUUCCGUGGCGCAGCAGACAAAGAUAUAUCGACGAAAAGGGUUCACCACACCUUUCUCCGUUCUUUUUCGUCGUUUCGGUUGUCUUCCCACUCGGUCGGUCUUGUUCUCUGACGCAGGACGUACUUUCGCUUCGCAAGUUAUGUUACUUGGUAUCUCUGUUCGUGAUGCCACCACUGUGACGGUCAUUUAUGGCACUUCUGAAUCGGCGGGCAUCAAGAGCCUGGUUGCUGCGGGUGCGCUGUCUGGUGUGGCUGUGAUAUGCUUGCUUGUGGUCAUGCUUGUGCGGCCGCCGUGCUACCGCAAUACCCAUGUCAUCCCGAUCUUUCUGUCUUUGCUGUUCGCCAAUAUCCUGCAGGCCGUAGCCUCCAUGAUGGACGCGAGGUGGAUCAUCGAUGGUGCCGUUAAAGGGGGAAAUUUCUGCAGCGCACAGGGUGGUCUAAAGAACGGCGGUAACGUUGCUGCUGCACUGUGGUCUUCAGUCUUAUCUGUGCAUGUCUUUAUGCUGCUGUUCCUGCGCAAGGGUAUGACCGACACUGUCUGUACUGCAAUCGUCAUCGUUGGCUGGGUUCUUGUGGGUGUGGUCGUUGCCGUUGGUCCUCUCGCAAUUCAGACUGCGGCGAGAGGUGACUACUUUGGUGUCUCAGGCUAUUGGUGCGCAUCUCAUUCCAUUUGUGGUUCUCACACUGGAACGGUGUUCGUAGGUGCUGGAUCACACACGACUAUCCGGAGGAGCAGACAUUUAUGGAAUAUUUCUUCGUACGGUGCCUUGAUCUCGGGGCCCGUGCGCGGCAAUCUGACCGUAGCGAACGGCAAAUGGCGUCUACGGUCCGGUGAUUUGUGUUCACACGUCAUCACUGACUGCUCGGUGAAAACUACCAGGCAUCCUGUGGCUUAUACGGUGUGCCUACUACCGGUUACCCUAGCUCGUUUUAUAUCGUUUGGUGGUCGCGAGGUCCCGUUUUGGGCGACCGUCAGUUCGGAUUUCAUCUUCAAUCUCCAAGGUCUCGUCAACGUACUCCUUGUCUUGUGCACCCGCCACCUCAUACCUAACACGUCCUCGCUCCCCAUGUUUACGCCGAGGAAGGUUAUCGAAGAGUCCUCGCCAGAGGCAUACGGCAUAACGCCUUACGUUCUAACAAAGCCUCCUGAGCGAGACGUUGAGAAGGCUCUGCCAGAGCCUCCUAGCGAUGACAAUGGCAUAAGUCUGUCAGACAAUUUGGACGGAGACUUAGCAAGGCUGAGUUUGUCAACGACGGAAACCAGGCUGAGCAUGGCGACGGUCGACACUGUCGACUCAACUGUCCCACUAGUCCAGAAGUUGAAGUGGAUAUCUUUCUCGUUUUGCCGGAAGUGAGACCGCCUUCCACUCUUUUUGCAUUGUCGCCUUUGUGAGACACUGCUGCCUUGCUCAGUAUGUACAGGAUACUGAUGUUGGCGAGUGGAGACUGUAAUGAACCAUUUUCACUCGUUCUUUUUUCGCUCAUUUUAUCUGACUUUCGUUACUUGUUUUGCCGGUGU